AUGCAUAAGCUGAUAUUCUGCUGUCUCAUUAUUGUCAGCUUCUCCUGUCCUCUCUUGUCUCUCCCCAUCAUCAACACCAGUGAGAUGUCUUAUCAACUCUCAGCUGAUGAAGAUUCAAGAUUAAACCUGGAAAGGCUGGGCAGCCCAGGAAGCAUCUCUCUGAUUCAGUUUCUGCCAGAGCUCCUGGGCACACUGACUGAAGGCAACAAAGCAGGUCUUACCCCCAGCAACUACAACCCAGGGGAAUAUAUCAAAGAGAGUUUCUACAGAAAUCAUCCUCGAAUUGCUUUGCUGGGACGCUUCUUGACCAAGGACAGGAAACAGUACAAGAAACGUGGGAAUCUUUCUGAGUGCUUCUGGAAAUAUUGUGUGUAAACAGGAAACUUCCUGACUGGUUGCAUAAUUUAUACAGAUGUCUGAAAACAUGUAUAUAGAUUUGCUUGAUUUAAAAUGAGAAUGAAGAAACAUGAAGGCAGUGCCUAACUUUAGACUCUAUG